AUGGUUGCCACCGCCUUCAACGCCCUCGUGGCUGCGCUCGCAGUUGCCUCUUCGGUCGUUGCUUCGCCACUCCCCGUAAAGCGUGCACCCACUUGGGCUGACCAGAAGACCGCCACGAUCCACCCUGGUGUCAACACAAAUACGGCCGGCAGCUGCACGUCCAACUUCAUCUACUACAAUGGCGAUAACAUUUACAUUGGUCAGGCAGCCCACUGUGCCGGUACCGGCGAGUCGACCAGCACCAACGGAUGUACCUCUGGCUCGCUUCCCGAGGGCACCCAGGUCACCAUCACCGGUGCCUCGAAACCCGGUGUGCUGGCCUACUCUUCCUGGAUCCGAAUGCAACAGCGCGGCGAGACCGACGAGAACACCUGUGCCUACAACGACCUUGCUCUCGUGCUCAUCGAUCCUGCGGACCACGACAAAGUCAACCCCACCGUUCCCACCUUUGGCGGUCCCAAUGGUCUUCGAUCUGGCGGCCUUUCCCAGUUCGAGAAGGUGUACAGCUACGGCAACUCGAUUCUCCGUCAAGGUAUCACUCUCUUGAGUCCCAAGUACGGUGUCAAUGUACAGGAUGAGGGUGCUGGCUGGUCGCACAAUCUUUACACAGUCACUCCUGGUAUCCCUGGCGACAGCGGAAGUGGCUUCUUCGAUGGGUCUGGAAAGGCUUUCGGUACACUCAGCACCGUGCAGUUUGCUCCCCUUCCCGCUUCCAACGGUGUUGGUGAUCUGGCCAAGGAGCUCGCCUACGCCAAGACUUUCGACGACUUUGCCGGCGUCCAGCUCGCUACUGGUACCGCACCAUUCGCUGUCGCGCUCCCCGACCUUGCUUCUGGCCUCCAAUCAAGCCUUCAGAACGCUGCGGGCGCUCUCAGCAACGAUGCAGGUCUGCUCUAA